AUGUGGCCCCAAGGAUUGAGUGCUUUGCAGGUUGAGCCAGUGGUGAGGAUGUUCGACAUCCUGCGCACGGGGGGAUGCGACUAUGUGGUGCAGUCGGAUCUCAAGCACAUGCUGGCAGGGAUCUUGUUGAGUCAUCCAGGGCUAGAGUUUCUGCAAGACACUCCCGAGUUCCAGGAGCGAUAUGCGGAGACGGUUAUCCUGCGCAUUUUUUACAACCUCGACAGAUCUGGACUGGGACGGAUCACAUUGCGAGACCUGAAAAGGGGAGAUCUCCUGAGUGCACUCAUACUGUUGGACAAAGAGGAUGAUGUCAACAAAGUGCUCAAGUACUUUUCUUACGAGCAUUUUUAUGUGAUCUACUGCAAGUUCUGGGAGCUGGACGCCGACCAUGACUUCUUUAUCUGCAAGGAAGACUUGUUGCGAUAUGGAAAUCAUUCUUUGACUUACCGCAUUGUUGAUCGCAUCUUCUCCCAGGCAGCCCGCCCUUUUGCCAGCAAGGUUGAGGGUAAGAUGGGAUACGAGGACUUUGUGUAUUUUAUUCUUAGCGAGGAGGAUAAGACAAAUAACAUUAGUCUAGACUACUGGUUCAAGUGCAUUGACCUGGACUGCGACGGCUGCCUGCGAGCCAAUGAGAUGCUGUACUUCUAUGAGGAGCAGCUUCACCGCAUGGAGUGUCUGAGCCAGGAGCCCGUUCUUUUCGAGGACGUGCUGUGUCAGAUGCACGACAUGGUGCAGCCAGAGGCAGAGGGCGUGUUCACGCUGCAGGACCUUAAGCGACAGAAGAGUUUGGCCGGCAUCCUCUUCAACAUCCUCUUCAACCUCAACAAGUUCAUUGCCUUUGAGACACGAGACCCCUUCGUGGUUCGCCAGGAACGUGAGGACCCAACGCUGACCGACUGGGAUCGCUUUGCGCGUACUGAGUAUGUGCGCUUGGCAAUGGAGGAAGAGGGCGAGUUCCGCGGCAGCGACAACCAGAACGAGCUCUGGGUGCAGCAGAAUCUUGAGGGCCCGUUCUAG